UCGAAACAGAAAGCAAAGAGCACAUGACACAACAGGGGCUGGCUGUGUCACAGCCCAGUCAGCUCAGGACCUGGCAGCACACGGACCUGGCAGCACACAGACCAGCUCGGCUCCCCAGGGCACCUCAGCCCUCUCCAGUGUCUCAGCUCCGCACCCAGUCAGAUGGGCAGCCGAUUCAGAACAAUGGGCAACCUCCAUGUGACCUUCCAGUCUCUCCAGAAGCCUGUUGUGAAGAAGACCUCCAAGGGAAGCUACAAGAAGUGAGGGAAAGGUGAUCAGGGGAAGUGGACAGUGUGAAGCAGAAGCCUGCAAGAGGGCACUGAGGACAGUUCACAUUUCUGGGAGAGGAGCAGUCUUGGGUUUGCCAAGCAGUCUGAGAGAGGAGCACAGAGGAUGGCAAUCACAGGCAUCCCCACAGCAGGCUUUUCCAUGGCACCAAGAAAGCAUACAGGCACCAGGAUGGGUCUGCUGCAACAGAGGUGUACAGGGUACCUGCUCUAUGUGCUGAGUCUCCUCGAGGCUGCUGGGACCUUGACCUUGAUGGUCUACGCACUGCUGUGUGAAGCUGGAAACCUGGUUGACAUCCCUGACAAACGCAUUGGCUUCUACAACUUCUGCCUGUGGAAUGAGACAGCUGGGGAGCUGCAGUGCCUGGACUAUAAGCAUCUACAGGUGAUAGGCAUCAGCCUACCAGAAAUGGCGCUAGCCAGGGUUUGUGUGUAUACCUGCCUGGUCUUCAGCAUCUUCUACCCCCUUUUUGUUGUAAAUGUGCAGUACACAGAGCAGAGAGAGGGGUGGAAGGUGAUCCUCAUCAUACUCUUUAUCCAGAUGAUAAUCCUGUCUGGAGGCCUGGGUAUGUUUCUUUUACAAACCUCACAGUGGAUUCACCCCUCUGAUUUCACUGGGGGCUUCCUGGCACUGCUUGGGACUCAGGCUCUGCUACUGCUUCAGAUUCUCACUGCCACUAUGUACCUCAGCUGGGCCAAGUACACACAUAAGUGUCGAAGGCCUUUUACAGAGAAGGUCCUGCCCACUGAGAUUUGACAGUGAAGAUGCAAGAGCUAACAUUAACCUGACUUAAAUUAGUAAUGCAAAUGCAGCUUUAGUCACUGGCAAGAACUUGAUCCUUAGUCCAUAGGCUCAUGUCCAGCCAUGCUCUGGCAUACUGCUGUGUGCAGCACUCCUGUGUCAAGAUGGCAGCAGACACCAACAGCCACAGUGUACCACAGAAGCUUCCCAGGAACAACAGCGUGUAACACCCCUUAGUAUGGGGCACAGCAUCAAAGCAACAGCACUUCUGGCCCUGACCCAAAGGGCAGUGAAGAGAUCAGAACCAGUAUACAGUGGACAUAGUCCUCUGUCCUAAGCUAAUAUGUAGCUUAAGUAGUACAGGCAAGCAGAGAAGGAAACAGGCUUCCUUUCUUGUUGUUGCCCAGAGAAUCUGCUCCCUCUCCACCUCCUGGACUAACCAGGGAUGCCUUCAAGGUAAUUGUGACUUGAGGAGCUGUGGCUUUACACUGCCAUCACAGCAGUAGCAGCCUCAAAGGUGCACUGAAAAUACUCUCUUCAGCAGGAGCACCUGUACUUUACCAGCUAUAGUAUCUGGAGUCACUGCCUUAGUUCACUGGGGCAAUGUGCCCCACAUCCAACCCCAGAAGCAGCAGAGCACCUGGAGAGGCAGCCUAACAACUUGAUGAACAGAGUUCCAGUGAGGAGGGUUUCCAUGAGGAAGCAGAGGAUUUUGGUGCAGAGUCCCAGGUUUGUCCCCACUGAUAUUAUGGUGCUGAGCCCAGCACUCCAGCAACCUUUGAGACUCCAGAAGUGGUUCUGUGUGAGGGCAGCUCACCACAAAGCCAGCUCAGGACACACUACACAAGGGUGUGCUCAGGGAGCAGGGCCAGGGCUGCCAAAGGCUGGGGUGCAGUGCCCCAGGUAGGCCAUCAUAGCCAGAGCACUGGAUGGAGUCUCCAUGCCAUGACAGUGCACAGCAGUGCUCUGUGCCAUGUCUGUAACCUUGCACAAAGAAACACCUGCUUCGCCCCCAUUCCCUUUGGGGACAUGAGGGUAUGUUUUCUUUCCUGUUUCAGCCUUGGUGGGGUUGUGGCUGGUGAUGGUAGUUUGAUUCUUCAUUUCAAUAAAGGCUCUCACAUCUGG